AUGUCAAAACAAAUAACGCUGAAGGAGGAAAUAACAAAUCUUCAGCGCGUAGGAAAGUCAACAGUAAUAACAACGUCAAAGACGUCUCUUGCAUUGUGGGACGUCGUGAAAACGCAAAGUCUAAAAUCCGUUAUGUUUCCACCCGGAGAAGAGGUGCUUAAAAGUGAUGUGUAUAUCGGUUCAGGUGGAUUUUCCGUGUUCAGCACGACGUCUAACAACGCGGUUCUUUUUAUGACAAAGCAAUCGUUCGAUUAUGCGAAAGCAGUGAAAUGCCAAAUGGGUGGCGCAACUCAUUGUGUUCGUGCGGUCAGUGACAAAGUCUGCUAUGUUGGUGUUGGCCCCAAACUUUACAAUGUUUCAUUUGAAAAUUCUGUUCCAGCCGUCUCCCUUAUAUGUGCGUUUGCCGGCGCCGUUCUGGCAAUUCAUGUCACUUCUCAAAAAUCUUAUGUGAUUUUUGAAAAGGGCGGAAAGAUAGCGAUUUCCAGUCUCGAAAACGGGAAAGUUGUCAAAAGCCUUGACUUGCCAUGCGAAACGAUGGACCUUUCAUUUUUUGUCACCGAGUUUUACAUUAUAAAUAAAAAUGACUCUUUUAUAGUUCCAAUUAAUUUAGACUCAUUCCGACAAGCCGAUCUUGUUUAUAAAGCGGGUGACCAAAACGCGGACUAUACGAUGCUCUGUGGAGCAAAGACUCAACUCAAAAACCGUACGUACGGCACAGAAAUAACCUCAUUCCCAGCAUCAGACCUUGGAGUUUUCGUGGAUGGCUAUGUUGUGAUGUAUUUGAAAAAAGAGAGUACUUUGAAGAUUGAGGCGGUAACACAACGAGAUUGUUUAUUUUCCUCAUUACUCAAAACUGCCGACGUCAAGCAGGCAAUCUCAUUUGACGAUUUGAAACAGAGAAAGGCAAUGGAGAUUGAGAAUGACGGAACAACCACUACAGAUGAGGACGUAGAAAAGUUUGUAAAAGGUGACGCACCAACUAAAAUCAAAAUGAUCAACAACUGGGUCGAACAAACUAGCCCAACUCUGUUGCUGGUCUGGGAAGUGUUGGAGUCUCGAAUGAAGGAAGAUUCGUUCUUUAAAGAGAACUGGGGCUGGUUCAAAGUUUUUGUCCAGACAACCUUUACCGCUGAUACCGAAAAGGUUUUCGAGGAGUUGAAAAAACAGAAGAAGGUCGACGAAAUGCUGGAGCUUGCGAUAGGAAUGACGGAAUUGCCCGACGACGUUUUGGUCGAUAUGUUGAAGACGUGUCUGAAGGAUAAAAAAAGUGAUUUGGCAUCGCUCCUCAACAGAAACCUCAACACACAAACCACUUCAACAUUGGUACUUUCAAAAUUGUCGUCUGAAGAAGCAAAAACUCUUUUCGAGUUCCUCAUCGAAGAAAUUCAGACAGGAGACAAUCCCGUUUCAUACACAGUAAAUUGGUUAAUUGCGUUGUUGGACGCGAAAGCUUCUUUGAUGAUAACCGACGAGUCCUUUGUUGAGGCACUUAGAAAAGCCGAGGGCAUUAUAAACGGACAGGUCCACUUAGUCGAUCUGUGUGAGGAGCUUUUCCCAUAUGUCGACCAAGUCAUGCAAAAGCGAGAAUUACCUUUGAAAGAAAAGUCAGACUAUGUUGUGUUUGAUUUGUUCUAA